AUGUCGAAUCAGUCGGGUAUCACGGCUGACCAGGAGCUCCUGGACACAAUUGGCGCUUUGACCACCGAAACCGCCGGUUCUGCGGUCGUUGUAGCGCAGAUUUCCAGCGACAACACUUCCGUCAGGGUCGCAGCGACUCUACACAGUACCGACCAAUUAUCCACGUAUCUGAGCAGCCACGCCGAACCCGCUUAUAUCUGGGUCCGCCGUGGCGCGGGAAAAGUCGCGUUUGUCUCGUACAUGCCCGAAACGACACCCGUGCGUGCCAAAAUGUUGUAUGCGUCUACCAAAAACACGGUUUCCAGACAAGUUGGGUCAAAUCACAUUUCCUUGACCCUCAUGGCGUCCAGCGCAGACGAAUUGGUCGCCGACUUGUCUGCGACGCCCGCUGCUGGCGCCACGGGCGACGCGGCGACGCACAACGCCGCGGGAACCAGUGUUUUGACCGAGUCCGAAAGGCAGAAUCUCGAAAUCUCGCGGCAGCAGAAAACAGAAGGUUCACGUGCGGCCCGUGCCCUGGUGUCGCAGAACAACGGCACAGCACACACGCUGAGUUUCAAGGUUGCGAGUGACAAAUCCAUUUCUGAUCUUUUGCGCGAAUUCAGUUUUGUUUCGUUCAAGAUCGAUAUCGCCAAAGAACAAGUUGAGAUUCUGGCUACCGCGCAAGUCUCCCAGCCAACACAGUUGCCAGAUUAUCUGGACAGCACCCAGCCUUCUUACAACCUUUACCACAGCCAGGGCCGCAAUUACUUCAUAUACAGCUGUCCAUCGGGCAGCAAAGUCAAAGAACGCAUGUUGUACGCUUCCAACAAGUCUGGAUUUCUCAAGCAUUUGAAGGAGGUUGACGGUGUGGAUAUGGCAAAGACUGUGGAGGUCGGAGACGCCGACGAAUUGGAACUCUCGGAUUUCGGAACCGAAUCAAACGCGGGCAACGCCGAAAACGUUAAUUCAGCUGCGGGUCGGCUGAAAUUCAACCGUCCCAAGCGUCCUGGCAGAAGAACCGGAGCCAACUGA